CUAAAUAACAAGAAGCUUUGUCGUAUUAACAGCGGAGUAUUUAUCAAAAUUCGAAAAAGGAUUAAGCACGUCAAAGAAUUUAAUGAUAAUCUGGUCACCUGAAUGAAAACGGAUGUUGAUAUAUUAUUGUGACGCACACAACAAAACAAGUACGACACAAACUAAACCUAAUCGUUGAACUUAUCGGAUUUUUAAUGGAAAACUAUAUUUGGAACUUGCGUCACAUCUUUUUCCUUGUGGCAACAAUUCAACUACCGCUCGCUAGGACGCUUUAUAAAGAUCUCAGUGGUAGAUGCUUAGCUACCAUAAAGUCAAAACAUUUUAAAACUCUGAUACCAAACAUAUCUUACAGAGCGACACCUUACCCAUAUGUGACAAAAAACACCAUUAUAACAUUGGAAUGUACCGGCUCGGUCAAGAUUAACCCCCUAAACCAAGGAUAUAUGACAAGGGUGGAAUUUCUUAAGAACAAUAAUUACCUACACAAAUGUGAAGUUGAAAAAGUACUUCGUUAUAAAAUUCUCUCCUGCAGUGUUACAGUCACUGGGGUUACCAAAGACGAUAAAUUCAUGUGUGUUCUUACUGCAAGUAAAGCGCCAUGUAACGCCGCUCGAUUGAGCUUUCGCGUUGAAAAUCGACUUCCAAGGCCAAAUAAUAUUCACCUUGCAAAGAUCACCUCCAAAGAAGCAGUGAUUAGAUGGGAAAAGAUUUCUUCAAAACCAAAAAUAAACGGCGUUUUACUGGGAUACAAGCUGAUUCUAACCAGCCGAAAAAGAAAAUUAAGUUUCAUAUCAGCAAAUGAUACCAACCACGUCGUGUUUCCUGACUUAGCUCCAAAAUCAAAUUAUAUCCUUUCAAUACGUGGGUUCACACAGUAUAGUGAUGGUUAUGCUGUAUUGUACAACUUUUCAUCAUUAGAUUUGAUUCCUGCGCCAAAAAAUAUUCAGGUUGUUAUCUUGUCCAAAACUUCAGUUGGCAUCCAGUGGUUUCUCGUGCAACAACGUGAGGAAAAAUACGAUAAAAUCUUUGGUUACAGAGUAAAUGUGAGAAACGCAACACAUUCUUUCCAAAUCGACACUUUAAGUGUAACCUAUUCUGUGGUUCUGAGGCAUCUUUCACCAGAUGCAAAUUAUAGUGUAUCAGUUUUCGGCUUUGGUAAUGGAACAAAAGGAAUUUCAAGUAAAUGGAUACAUUUUAAAAUAAAUGAUCGUGAUGAGAAAUCUGAAGAUGACAAUACAGGAGCAAAAAGCAAAGAUGCGAGAAACUUUACUUUGACAAUAGUCGUUGUUUUGAUCGUUGGAAUAAUAGCCGGUGCGAUAUUUGUUCUCAUUGCCGUUUAUCUCUUGACAAGACACGAACGAAGAGUGGCAAAAUCACAGAAUAUCACAGCAGUGAAAUUUUCGCAGAACGACAAAGCAGUGAAAUUUGCCGUCAAUCCAGCUAAUAACAUACAUUAAGAGACAAACAGUUUACAUACACAAGGUGGUUUAAUUUUAGGUUAACUUUUGCAUG